AUGGACAAGAGCUGGAAAGACCGUUGUUUGUAUGAUGCCGACACCGAUGAUGAGUGCGAUUGUGGAGAGUGCGAGCUGCACGGCGAACUCGAAACCAAGGACGGCGACGAGGAUCGUGGCAAGGAUUACGACAACGAGUGGUAUUUCGGUGAGAGCUAUAACGACGUCCUGUGUGAGCUUCCGGAGGAGACAGGUUGA